ACUCGUGCAUGUUUUCAAAAAAAACCAGUUUUUUGUUUGUUUUGUUUUGUUUUGGGUUUUUGAAGAUAAAAUUUUUUGAUUUUCCAAAACUUGAUUAGAUUUGAUCAACUCGAAUCAAGAUAUAAUUUUUCUGGUUUCAUUUGUCUUUGGUCCUUUUCUUCAAAGAUUUGAUUGACAAAAUCAAAUAUUAACAUAAUCAUAACGUCAUAAUCUUUUUUUGUGCAAUUAUUCUAUCGUGAUUAGCGUCGUUUUUUUCUUGCCAAUAAAACAUCCAUACGCAAUAAAAUCGCACUUUAAAUUCUCAAUCAUCAGGUACUCGUGUAGCUUGAAAAAAUUCCGAUUUUUACUGCCAAGUGUUUUGACCUAAAUUUAUCAUCAGAGAUUAUCUUCUUCCUCGAAAAAACAUAACGACCAAAAAUAAACUAAUCAUCAUCAACAAUUCUGUCAACAAUCAUCGGUUUGUAUUUGAAAACAAAACGAAACGAGUUCAUCGAAACACAAACUCAAUACUUUGUCAUUGUAAUCUCAAUCUCUCUAUGUUUUAAAUUUCCCGAGAAAAAAAAUUGAUUUAAAAACAUCAUCCAAACAUUGGAAUAACAGUUGUCAGAUUUUUUCGAAGCACAUUUUUUUCGGGGAAAAAAACCAGCUUGAUCAAUUUGUUUUUCAUUUUCGUUUUGAAGAAGAAGAAUAAGAAGAAAAAUGAACCGAAUAAAUCCAGUUUUACGACGAAAUCAUUUGAAUAUUUCAAGAAUCACUCAAAUGGCCACUUCAACAACAAUGAGUAGUUCACAACAACGAAUUCAAGAUAGUCAACCACCACCGCCAUCGAUUGAUUCAAUACAAUCAAAUACAAAUAAAAAUUCAACGGAAAAAUAUAUCGAAGAUCGUGUUAAUAAUUUAUUCAAUAUAAUUUUAGCCGAUAUUAGUUCAUGGCAACAAUAUAAUCAUCAACAAAAUAAACCAAAUUCAAUAAUAUAUCAAGAUCCAUAUGAUUCAAAAGAUCAAAUAUUACAAGAUUUAGUAAGAAAUAAUCAACAAAUUAAUCGUAAUUAUAAUAUACAAGAUUUGAUUGAAGAUGAAUUUCAAUUAGAAAUUUCUGAUAAAGAAUUUGAACAAUUUAAAACAUUAAAUGAUAUUGCACAAUAUGUUAAUCGUCGUUGGGAAAUUCGUCAACAAUUAUUAGCAGCACAUUCAGCUGAUUAUGCUUAUCCAUCUUAUUGGUAUUAAUUCUCAACUAAACUCAAUUUAUUAAUUUAUAUUUUACUUAAUUUUGUAAUUUUCUUAUUUCGGGUGGUCUUGAUUUAUUGUUGUCUUUUUU